UCAAUCUUCAGUAAGCUUUUCUAGAGAGAGAAAGAGAGGAGUCUUCGAGACGAAGGAGAUUUCUUUCUUCCCACUACUGUAGAAGGAUUUUUCGAGAUUCAUUAUAGUUCUUGAAAAUCGUUCGUUGAUCUAAUCUUUCUACGGCAGUGAUAAGUUUUAAUUCUCUUUUAGUUCGUUCAAAUUGCAAUGGCUCGCUCUUUCUCAAACGCUAAGGUUGUUUUCGAUGUAAUCUCUAAGGCUGUCGCGAGGAGAGGCUAUGCUACGGGCGCGGCUCCCUCCCAAGGACGAAUUGUGUCUAACGUGGCUGCAGCUGGUCCGAGAAGCAGCGCACCUGCGAUGGUGAAGAAGGAAGGGGAGAAGGUUGCGUGGGUGCCAGACCCCGUCACCGGUUACUACAGACCGGAGAGAGGUGCGGAGGAGAUUGAUGUGGCGGAGCUCCGUGCUUUGCUCCUGAAGAAGCACUAGAGACAGAUUUGAAAGAAGUCUGGUAACAAAGGGGAUGGCGCUCUCGUGCCGAUUGUUCAAAGAGGGCCGUCGAUGUGCGUUUUAAAUUAAAACUAUUGUGACAUCAAAUGAUUGGUUUAGCUUUUCCUCCUCUGUUUUAGGCACCGUUACAGAGAGAUACUUAAGAUGUAAUUUUCUUUUUCACAUAAUGAAUAAAAGAACUUUUUGUCAA